AUGACGACGAGACUAUCGCUACUAUUGCUAACAAUCCACGCCGUGUCGGUGGCAGGAUGGGGACAACGAUUUGAAAUGGCGUCCAUUGGAGGAGGCAUCUUUGGGGUAUCAUCCACUGCGUUGAAGGCUUCGGCCGAACGAGAACACGACCCGCAAGAGAUCGGAGCGUUUCGUCAGCGUCUGGAACAGUCGUUUGGAGUCUUUGAUGGGGAUAGCGUCGAUGCCAUGAGUUCCUUUGUUUUUCGAAGAGACAUAGAAGAGCAACGGCUCCUGGACAUGGAGGGCGAAUGCGAGGGCGACGAGUGCGAUUCCGCAGAAGAGUGUCAAAUUCCCGACGCCUUCAAAGUGUUACCGGAUGAAUCUGCCGUAGAUGUCAUGGCAUUCCUGGGCAUUAAAAGGGCAGAGCCAUUGCGACCAAAAACCAACGCUGGAGAUUGGCAGUGA